GGUGGGGAGAGGUUUCAGGAAGGGCCAAGAGCCCCUGAGUUCGUGACCCGGCGGGCUGUCAUGGGAACAGGGGCUGCAGACAGGACGGGAUAGCAGGAAGUAGCCACUUGGCCCAUAGAGGCUUCCUGAGCUGAACGGGGGCUGAGGGCGGGGAGUGCAGCUUGGAACCUCCUCCCGCAUCCUGCUGGCCCCGCACCUGGCCCCCCGCGGGUGGAACUGACUGACGCUAGCCCCCAGGCCUCCUCAGGCCACACCGCGGGCCUGCCGCGGGCUUGUGGGGGCAGGGGCUGCUUUAUCUCACAGGCCCUGUCUGCUCCUCCACGGGCGCUCAGGAAGCUGGGGGUGGGGGGUCAGCCAGGCAGGAAGCCUGAGGUCAGCGGCUGCAGUCCAGAGCAGCCGGCGCCCAGCCCUGGCAGCAUGUGGGUCCUCGUGCUGCUGUGGCCCGUGGUGCUGGGGUUCAGCCUGGAAGAUGACAGCCAGAACACCCUCACCUACGACGAGAUGGGGAGCGCGGGGGCAGAUGGCACACUGGGGCCCUUGAGCGGGCCCCAGGGGGAGACCCCUCACUCACCCCACCUGCGCAGCUUCCCCGGCCAGCUCCAGGACAACGGCAGCAACGUCCUGGAGCUCCCGGACAGCUCCCGGGCCCUGCUGCUGGGCUGGGUGUCCACGAGGCUGGUGCCCGCGCUCUACGGGCUGACCCUGCUGGUGGGGCUGCCCGCCAACGGCCUGGCGCUGUGGGUGCUGGCCACCCGGGUGCCGCGGCUGCCCUCCACCAUGCUGCUCAUGAACCUGGCGGCCGCCGACCUCCUGCUGGCCCUGACGCUGCCGCUGCGCGUCGCCUACCACCUGCAGGGCCCGCACUGGCCGUUCGGCGAGGCCGCCUGCCGCGCCACCACCGCCGCGCUCUACGGCCACAUGUACGGCUCCGUGCUGCUGCUGGCCGCCGUCAGCCUGGACCGCUACCUCGGCGUGGUGCACCCGCUGCGGGCGCUCAGCCUGCGCGGCGGGCGCCUGGCCGCCGGGCUCUGCGCCGCCGCCUGGCUGGCGGCCGGCGCCCUGGCGCUGCCCCUGGCGCUGCAGCCGCAGACCUUCCGGUUGUCGCGCUCGGACCACGUGCUGUGCCACGACGCGCUGCCCGUGGGCGCCCAGGCCUCCUACUGGCGGCCCGCCUUCCUCUGCCUGGCCGUGCUCGGCUGCUUCCUGCCGCUGCUCGGCCUGCUGCUCGGCUACGGGGCCACCCUGCGCGCGCUGGCGGCCGGCGGCCCGCGCUACGGCCGCGCGCUGAGGCUCACGGCGCUGGUGCUGGCCUCGGCCGUGGCCUUCUUCGUGCCCAGCAACGUCCUGCUGCUGCUGCACUACUCGGACCCGCGCCCGGACGCCUGGGGCGACCUGUACGCCGCCUACGUGCCCAGCCUGGCGCUCAGCACCCUCAACAGCUGCGUGGACCCCUUCAUCUACUACUACGUGUCUGUGGAGUUCAGGGACAAGGUGCGGGAGGGGCUGCUCUGCGUGGCUCGGGGCGCCUCCGCAGCCUCCAGGGAGGGGGCCGCCCAGGGCACUGGCACCCGGUCCACCUCCCUCGUGUGACGGCCCCCCCGGAAGGCGGGGCAGGUGGACAGGGCGCCGUGCGGGCUCGAGCGGGGCCCCCUCCCGAUUCACGUGUACCGGGAGCCCCUGAACUGAGCUCAUCUGGAAAUAGGGCCUUUGCAGGUGUUAUUAAAAUUCGGUCACACUGGCCUAGGGGAAGCCCUAAAUCUGCUGUGACCAGUGUCCUUAUUAGGAGAGGCCCAGGUACACACAGGGGAAGAGGCCAUCUGAUCACGAAGGCAGACACUGGGGUGAACAGGACGAUCGCUAGCAGCCACCAGAAGCCGGGACGGCAGCCUGAGACGCCCUCCCUCGGAGCCCCCCCAAAGAAGUGGACCCUGCCCACACCCUGAUCUCAAGCUUCCGGCCUCCAGAACGGUCAGAGAAUAAAUUUCUGUUGUUUUAAGUCA